AUUUUCUGCGCAGCUGUGAUCCGCCUCAACUUUGACUGAUGACACCCGGAAGCAACAGGACGGCGGCGUGUGAGUAAGCAAACCGGCAUUGGAACUGGGCAGAUUUUUGCGACUCAUCUCACAAAUGUGGAGUUCUUGUCAUCUCGGGGUAUCUCCGCUUUAGUAACGAUGGCUGAUUCAGGCACAGGUGAUUCCAGUGGUCAUCACAUGCCACCACCAGGAAGGGGUGGGAGGGGCCAACUGAUGGGCCGCCGAACACCUGCUACCAUCUCUGCAGGCCGCCUUCCCGCAAUGCGUUCCAGAGAUCUUACCCUGGGGGGAGUGAAAAAGAAAACAUUUACACCAAACAUUAUUGGCCGCAAAGUUAGAGAAGAUGCCAAAGAUGAUGGCGGGCAAAGGAGGGAGAGGAAGGAUACACCCCGGGGCAGAGGUCCAAGAGAGCGAGGCCGAGGCAGGGGUAGGGGUUACCCAGAGACCAUCCAGUCCCACUCCAUUUUUGAGCAGGGUCCAGCAGAAUUGUCCAUCAGAAAAAAAGGUUAUGAAAGUGAACGAGAUGCCCCAAGCACAGGUCCAUCACCCAUCAUCAAUAUUAAAAAAGAGAAUAGAGAAACUGAGGAAGAGACCAAAGCAAUAAUUCGGAAGCUGGAACAAGAUAGUUUCAUAGAUGAUCCAUUUCUGAAGAGCGAACAGAGGAGCUGCCCGGUUCAACUUCCUCUUGCUGUGUCAGGAUGGGGGUUCCAGCAGGAAUUUAGUGCUCCGAAAAUAAAAAUUGAGAAAAUGGACGAAGAUGACCCGAUGGAACCUGCAUUAGAAAUAAAAGAGGAGGACGCAGAAAUAAAGAAGACAGAGUCUACUUUCAAGCCACCUCCACUCCCUGAACCGGACGUUCUGCCGGAUCUUCUUCACAGGUGGAGUCUGAGCAAAGGCGAGGAACUGUUCUUCAUGCAGCUGCCCGACACGUUGCCUGGCCAGCCGCCUACCAAAGAGUACAAGCCAAUAAAAACCGAGGUGCAGUCAGAGGAUGGUCAGUCUGUCCUCCUCAAAACAGAGUCUCAGGAGGAGAAAAAUGAAGAUGACAGCUGUCAUUUAAAAGAUUUGCGAGAGGGUUAUGUUGGAAAGAUGCUGGUACGAAAGUCCGGUAGGGUGCAGCUCAUAAUGGGACAGGUCACACUGGAUGUCUCCCUUGGAGCCUCAUGCUCUUUCCUUCAGGAACUGGUUUCUGUUGACACUGAAGGACGAACAGGUGACUUGACUGUUUUGGGGAAUGUGAAACACAAAAUGGUUUGCUCACCAGACUUUGAAUCACUGCUGGAGAGUAGGUGAUGAUCAUUGACACCCUUCAAGGUUAUGAUUUGCCUUGCCAUGCCAUAUGAAAGUGUGCAAAAACACUAAACUUAAGACUAAAGCAUAUUCAUUUAGUGCUUUGCCAUUUUUUCAGUUAUAUAAGACGACACUGACUCUAUAAUAAUUUAACUGUACAUGGAUGUAAAUGUGUGAAUAAAAGUUUUCUUUAUAAAAAAUAGUUUUUUGUUUUAAUGCAAAUAAAAUGUAUCGGUUUUCCUCAGUAAUAGGUAAAGUAGUAAACUAGUAAAGUUUUUCACUUUUGGUCAAUUAUAGCGACGCCGGUGGACAAAAGCGGUAGUGUUUUUCCUUAAGGAAGACUGUGUUUCCUACGAGGACCAGCACACACCCACAAAGUGUCGUAAAAUCAUCAAUCGAUCAAAAAUCAAUGUCCCCGGUGCCUGCAGAUGGAUUAAACAUUUCUGUUUCCAGCGGCUGUGUGAGGGAUGAAUAGUAAUAAGGUAAUGAAUCCAAUCGUGGAUAAACAAUAGCAUAUAGCGGCUAGCAACUGUGUGGUUUAGUGUGGCUGCGCUUAUGAGUUCGGUUGAUGUGGCGAAUGAAAGCCGGGCUUUUUUUUUCCCUCCGCAGACAAAACUUUUUGUCUCUUUUGUUGCUCUGCCAUCGACUUCUGUUUUUAUAAUGAAGGAGGAAGUGACGUAUACCGUAAAGCAGUCAGCACAUUUGUAGUUUAUUUUGUGUGGCAGGGUUCCUGCCACCCCUCCUCAAAGUUAAUUAGUGCCGGUGAAAGUGAUACAGACCCCCUCAUGAUAUAAAAGAGGUGUCAUUCAACUAGUCGUCAAUUGACAUUAACAAAUGUUAUGAAAAUAUUUUAUAAAGGUUGAAAAAUUAGAGUAUUGCUUUAAGUCAUUCACUUGCAUUGACAAUCAUCCAUCCACCCAUCAAAAAUGUUUGCAACAAUGUUGUACUAAGCAGUUACUGAAGAUUAUUUCGAGGGAGGCGAAAUUUAUGGGCACUACAGCUCGGCUGAUGUCUCAGAAAUAUGGGGUCACUUCAGUAACAUGCAUGUGAAUACCAUUACGCGUUCCAAAAUAGUCAUACAAUACAGUGAUCCCUCGCUACUUCGCACUUCAAACUUGGCGCCCUCUGUCCUUCACGGAUUUUUUUUCUAUUAGAAAAAAAUAAAUAAAUACAGAUGAGCUGUCCUGAGGCGAUCGCGUAGUCUCACUCUCGCUCCCUCCCUCUUCUUGCUUCUUGUUCGUCAGGUACUGCGGCACUGCAUUGGAGUUGCUUAUUAACGUUAACGAUGUUGACAGAUGUUUGUUUUUGAUCUUGCCAGAGUCACGGGCUUCAAAAGUGCCGCACGCGUCAAUCAUCGUUUAACUAGUUAAACAGUUGCUGUGGCAACUCAUUGUGAGAGGAUUUGUGGCAACUAGAAGUGUGCGAAAUUUGAGAUUUUUAGAUUAUUAGCAAUUCAGCCGUGGAAGAUUCGAGAAAGAUUCACAAACAUCCAAAUUCCGAUUAUUGAAAUAUGUUAAGCAGAACUAAAACACAGCGCUGUCUUUGGGUCGCAAUGAGGAAUGGACAGAGAGUAAACAACAUGCUUGUCAUUACCCGGGUAAUGACAAUGCUCAACACAAAGCUCUGGCUCAACUCAUGCCGAUAGAUUUAAAAAAAAAAAAAAAAAACAAUAAUACCUAACUGCUGCAACCUACGUCCACAUCAUGCUACGGUAGAUAAUAGAUAUCUUAUGUAUAUAGAUGCAAAAUGACAGACUCGGCGGCGUUAGCAGCACAUGUAUAGAAAAAUAGAUGCGAAAUGACAGACUUGCCGGCGUUAGUAAACAACCGCCAUCUUAAAGCAGUAGACUUCCCAGGAAGGCUGUUGUAGCGAACCUUCCUCGCGAACCUAAUUAACUUUAUAUCCAAAAUACUCCUAAAUCUUGACUUGAAUCUAUCUUUGAAACAGUUUUAAAACUUUCACAUGUUGAAAGUAGACAGAAGGGAAAUUAUGGAAUAACGGGAGCAAUUUUAACAACUAACUUCAUUCACAGCAUGAAAUUAAUUGAAUGUAGUUUAAAGCUGCUGAUACACAAUGCGGACUUGUGUAUUUUAUAUACUGUUUUGAACUGUUAACUUCAUACUGAAAUUGUCGU